AUUUGGUUCAGUUUAUUUGUAAACAUGAAAUUCGUGUAUCUGUUUUUGGUACUGUUUGGUGUGGUAUUGUGUGAGCAGUACACAACGAAGUUUGACAAUAUAAAUAUUGAUGAAAUUUUGGGCAGCGAUAGAUUGUUGAAUAAUUAUUUCAACUGUCUUUUGAAUAAGGGGCCGUGUUCACCGGAUGGAGAUGAAUUAAAAAAAGUCCUUCCAGACGCGAUCCAAACCAACUGUGCCAAAUGCAGCGACAAGCAGAAGGAAUCUGUCAAAAAAAUUAUCAAAUUCUUAGUAGAGAAAAAACCCGACAUGUGGAAAGAUUUAACAGGGAAGUACGACCCUGAAGGAAUAUACUUUGAAAAAUAUAAAAGCGAACUUGGUUUGUAAACUGGUUUUAAUGGUCAUGAACGCAUAAUCAUGUGCAAAAUUAUACAUAUGUAUUAUUAAAAUUUACUUGUUACUUGGAAUAAACUUUUUUUUUAAUGAGCAAAA